CUAAAUGAAGCAGCUGAUGUGAUACAAAAGUUGUACACAAUUGCACAAGAACUACCACCGGAUAAAUUUGAAGUGGCAAAGAAAAAGAUUGAAGCUAAAUAUGACGAAAUUGAAAGAAAUCUUAUUGAGGAAUUUGUGAAAGCACAAAACCAAGGCAAUCUGGCGAAAAUGAAAACUAUUGCAAAUAUUAUGACAAAUUUCAAGGGUUAUUCGCAGUGUGUUGACGCCUUUAUUGAAACCAGCCAAAUGAACACUUUACUUGGUAAAGACAUAUUCUCCGCUGUACUGCCUCUAUGCAAGAAAAAUUAUACAAUCAUAAGCAGUGUAUUCCCGAAUCCUGACCAAGUGAUGAGCAAAUUUGUUUUGAAUAUUUUUCAUCUGAAGCUACAAAAGUACAUACAGACUAAACUUGCUGAUAAAAACGACAUUGAAAAAUAUCUAAGGAAUCUGUUUGAAAUGUAUACAAGCACACAAAAAGUGUGCGACGAGUUAGUAGCAGCGGGCCUAGUGUCCGCUGAUGGCAACAUUUCCACUGGCGACUUAAGACGCGAGGCUCUUGUUAAUGGAGCAUUGGCGGGGGCCAACGACGGGUACGCCGCACUUGAAACGCGGCGGUUAAAAGCGGUCCUAUCCAACGCUCUUAACACAUAUUACAACGAGAAACAACACGUCAAGAAACAGAUACAGGGCGGGGGAUUUCAAGAGCUUCGUCGAGACUUCCAAGCUGUGAUCGGUACACGAGCUAAUAUUAACAUAGCACAAAUAGAAAACUACGGCGGUGAGACGUUCCUUAGUGAGCAACUCGUUCAGAAGAUGCUGAAUGACGCCAAGAUGUCAUUUUUGAGGUGUAAAACUCUAUGCACCACCAACGAACUACCAGCGACUGCCAUAGCUCUCCUCGAUGUGCUAAUACAGCACCUGCUUAUCGAACACGUUGAUUACGCCCUGGACCUUGGACUACAGUCCAUACCCAUCAUCGAGAACAAGUCACCGCCUCAGAUUUACUUCUUUGAAAUAGUCGACCAAACAAAUAAAAUAGUGAAAAUGUUUGGAGAGCAUUUUCAAGAAUCUGUUUUACCAUGUCUGAGUUCAACGUCAAAACAAAGCGAAUGCGUCCAGAAAAAAACGGCGGUGAUGGAGCAGCUGGAAAAUAAAUUAGACGCUGGCCUUGAAAGGGCCAUCGCAACUAUAGUUGGCUGGGUUAAGUUACAUCUGCAGAAUGAGCAAAAGAAAACCGACUUCAAGCCUGAAGGCGACAUAGACACCAUUGCCUCUUCUGCAUGUUUGACGGUAGUUUCGUAUUUAAACUCAGUCAUGGACAAGAUCUACGCAAGUCUUGAAGGUGACAAUCUCAGCGCGGUUACUUUGGAGCUCGCAGUCCGUUUACAUAGAGUUAUAUAUGAACAUCUGCAGAACUUCCAGUUUAAUUCUGCCGGCGCAAUGAUCGCGAUCUGCGACGUGAAGGAGUACCGGUCGGCGGUGUGCGGGCGCGGCGGGGGCGGGCGCAGCGUGCCGGCGCCCGCGCACGCGCUGUUCGACACGCUGCACGCGCUCUGCAACCUGCUGCUGGUGAAGCCUGAGAACUUGCACCAGGUCUGCGAGGGCGAGACCUUGGCAGAACUGGAUCAGUCAAUUCUACACAAUUUUAUACAGUUACGUUCUGACUACAAGAGUCAUAAAUUAUCCAGCUUCCUCAAAGGACUGUCGUAA